UAAUAAUGCAAACUCUAUGGUGUUAUAUAGGGAAAAGGGAUCACAGAUUGUCCCAAUUCCAUAUUAUUAGAAAGAAAAGUUUCUGAUUUCUGCAUUCUAUGACGAAUAUUAUUAUAUCGAAAAUUUAGAUGUUUGCUAUAAUAAUGUGUUAUUGAAGGCGCUGUUUUGAAAAUCAAUUGAAAGGAAGUAAUAUCAUAUGACUCUUUAGACUGUUCACGGCAUUCCCUUUUAGUGAAGGGUAUGAUAAUUAAACGUAAAGUAAAUGUCGUUACAAGCGGAUGAACAUUGAAACGGCCAUGUUUCAUAUUUUUUCAUAUAAAAUUCGUCAAUUUAAGUAGGAUUAAAGUGGUUAGCUAAGUUACAAACGGGAAAAUUAAUAGGUUUAUCAGAUAAAUACAUUGUAAAAGCAUAUUCAUUUUAAAUCUGCUUUUCCUAGUGAAUUCACGAGAGAUGUAAUUUGAUGCAGCCGCCGGCUAUCGACAGGGCAACUUUCAAAUUCAAUAGAUUGGUUUGCUUAUACCUACUUGUAGGUGUUGUUUUCGAAGAUUACGCGAAUCACUCCCCCUGGUGGCAUUUACACGUCGUGGCUGUGUCUGAGAUGAGAAUGAGGCUUCAUCCAUCCAUGCUCUUUUUUCCUGAGAAAGCAUUCUCAGCGUUGAAUGACAGAGAUUUCCUUCGUCUGCGUGUUCGCUUACUAGAAUAUUAUUCAAUCGAAGCAGCACACGCAAUAAUUGUCUGACAUACCUGGCAGCUCCAUGGCUAGGAACCGCAAAGACAAGGAUAGCUGGGCUGGGGCCUUUGACAAGAGUGUGUAUGAUUGGAGUUCAGAGGAAGAAGAAUGUGAUGGCAGGGCCCAGCCAGUCCAGGUGCUGAUUGUUAAAGAUGACCACUCCUUUGAGCUGGAUGAAGCAGCAUUAAGCCGUAUCCUACUAUCUGAGGAAACAAGGGAACGAGAGGUGGUGGCUAUUUCUGUGGCUGGAGCCUUCAGGAAGGGAAAGUCCUUCCUUUUGGACUUCAUGCUACGCUAUAUGUACAAUCAGGACUUUGAUGACUGGCUGGGAGAUCCUGAGGAGCCUUUGACUGGUUUUUCCUGGAGAGGUGGUUCUGAGAGGGAAACUACGGGUAUCCAAAUCUGGAGUGAAGUCUUUCUGGUGGAUAAGGCAGAUGGUCAAAAGGUGGCAGUGCUACUGAUGGAUACUCAGGGUACAUUUGACAGCCAGUCAACUCUUAGGGAUUCAGCCACCGUAUUUGCCCUCAGCACCAUGAUCAGCUCCAUGCAGGUUUACAACAUCUCUCAGAAUGUACAGGAAGAUGAUCUCCAGCAUUUACAGCUCUUCACUGAAUAUGGCAGGCUAGCCAUGGAAGAGACUUUCCUAAAACCUUUUCAGUCUCUGAUCUUCCUGGUUCGAGAUUGGAGCUUUCCUUAUGAAUUUCCUUAUGGACAUGAAGGAGGUAUGAAGUUUCUGGAAAAGAGACUGAAGAUUUCAGAGAACCAGCAUGAGGAAUUACAAAAUGUCCGUAAACACAUCCACUCCUGCUUUACCAACAUCUCCUGCUUCCUCAUGCCCCACCCUGGCCUCAAGGUAGCCACAAACCCACAUUUUGAUGGAAGACUCAAAGAGAUUGACAAGGAGUUCAUCAACAACCUGAAGAUUCUGGUCCCAUGGCUUCUUAGUCCACAGAACUUGGAUGUGAAAGAGAUCAAUGGAAACAACAUAACAUGUCGUGGGCUUUUAGAAUACUUCAAGGCAUAUAUAAAGAUUUAUCAAGGAGAAGAACUACCUCAUCCAAAAUCAAUGCUACAGGCUACAGCAGAAGCUAAUAACCUGGCAGCAGUUGCAGCAGCUAAGGACUUGUACAAUAGAAAGAUGGAAGGGAUAUGUGGAGGCGACCGACCCUUCCUAGCCCCUAAUGAACUACAGGCUCGCCAUGGAGAGAUCCGGGAAGAGGCACUACAGCUCUUUAAAGGAGUGAAGAAGAUGGGUGGGGAGGAGUUCAGUCGCCGUUACUUGCAGCAGCUGGAGGCAGAGGUGGACGAGGUCUUCAUUCAGUAUAUCAAGCACAAUGACUCCAAGAACAUCUUUCACGCUGCUCGAACCCCUGCCACUCUCUUUGUUGUCAUCUUUGUCAUGUAUGUGAUAGCCGGGGUGACUGGCUUUGUUGGUGUGGAUAUCAUUGCCAGUGUUUGUAACAUGAUUCUAGGCUUGGCACUGAUCACACUCUGCACCUGGGCCUACAUCCGGUACUCUGGGGAAUACCGUGAGCUUGGUGCUGUUAUUGACCAGGUAGCAGGAGCCCUCUGGGACCAGGGAAGCACAAAUGAGGCUCUUUUCAAGCUUUACAGUGCUGCUGCUAAUCACAGACAUCUGUACCACCAUGCCUUCCCCAGACCCCAGGCUGACACUACCGAAGAACAAAAAAGGAAGCGGAACUGAGUGAUUGCUUGGAGUGAAAUAUUUGCAUUUGGAUCACAAAGCAGCAUUCUGGAAAGAGCAGGGGUGGAACAUUUACAUCUACAAUGCAAGAUUAUUCUUUGAUGGGAAAACAUACACAUUAUGAUGGGACGUGAUAAAUUUGCACACAUUACAAAACAGCUGAGACAAUUAAGAAAUCAGAAAUCCUGACACUAGCAAAAUCCCAUCCAUCAGAGUGUGAUCUUCAAAUAAUAAUUAAAAAAUUAUCAUGAUUUAGUGUAAAAUUUAUGCAUUUCAUUUUAGAUUUUCUUUCACCAUUCAGAAAGCAAAGGCUGAAUCUAGGAAAUGCAUUGUACUUGAUUUUAGGCAAGAUUCUGUGUUGGUAUGUAGUGAUUACUGUUACACAAUAAAAGGGUCUAUUCUCUCAUCAGGAGCGUAAGUCAAAAAAAGUGCUUAAAAAGUUAUGUGCUUUAGUUUUAUGCAUAUUCUCCCUUCAUCGGCGUGGUUGUGCCAACUUCACAUAAGCCAAAACAGAAGGUGUGACCAUGCAAGUCAAGAAAAGGGGGGUUCCACCCGCAAUGAUUCUGGCAUCAAGCAAAACAUGGGCUCUUUAAAUUACAUUGCAAAUGUAAUUGAAAUCCGCAUAAACUUUUUUAUUCUGAAAAUGUAAGCAUCGUGGUAGCAAUACUAUGCCUGUAUUUCGUCACUCUCACAAACAUGAGAAUCUUUCUCCAAAAAAUUAAAUGCUACAGUGACAAAUCAUGUCUCAAACUGGAUUAAACUGAGCGUUUCCUGAUCCACCCACAAACAUGCAACACAUUGAAUGAUGAUUAGUUGAAGUACAUCGAAAUGACUGGAAUUUUCUUGGUUGUCUGUCUUUGCACCCUUCUCCAACCGUCCCAGCCUUGCAGGAGCUUAAUUACAUUCAGUGUGACCUAGGAUUGAGGUCUUCAACUACUUCCGUGGAACCUGUUUUUUUGCUCAUUUUAAUCAAACAAUAAUUAUUAAUCCAGAAGUCUUUCAGCCUA